AUGUCGCAUAGCAAACGAAACACGUCCCGCGCCGUCUUCACCUCGCACGAGCGCGAGCUCGCAAAGUCCAACUGGUCCACCAGCUCCGCCCGCCUCAACCGCGACUCCUUCCUGCCCUUCGGCUCGUGCGGCCUGUGCCUGGGCGUCGCGCGCGAGCCCGUCUCCUGCCCGCGCGGCGACAUCUUUUGCCGCGAGUGCGCCCUCGCCAACCUGCUGACCCAGAAGAAGGAAUUGAAGCGGGCCGAGAAGGCGCGGCGCGAUGCCGAGCUCGAGGCCGAGAAGCAACGGGCCGCCGAGGACGACGAGGACCGGGAGCGCGCCGUACGCGACUUUGAGAUGACGCAGGCCGGCCUCUCGACCGCCAGGAAGCAGAAGCAGGAACAGCCGCAGCAGCAGACCGCCGCAAAUGGCACCGCGCCACAAGACGAGAGCUCGACUGCCGUGGUUCACGUGGGCUCCAAGCGAAAAUUCGAGUUAGACCAAGACGAGCUGCAGCGCAUUGUUAGAGAGGACAAGCUCAAGGCCAGAAAAGCUAUCGAGGACGAAAAGGCCGCCAAACCUACGCUUCCAUCCUUCUGGACGCCGUCUCUGACACCCGACGUGCACGACUCGAAGCUCCCCAACGCCAGCAAAAAGGACAAAGCCGUUCCGAUAUGCCCUUCCGCGCCCGACGACCUCCCGCACCCGAUAUCCCUUCACAAACUGAUCACCGUCAACUUCAAGGAGGAAACAGAUCCAUCCACCAGGGACGAGCGGCGAAUAUGUCCCUCAUGCCUCAAGGCGCUCUCCAACUCGUCCAACGCCGUCAUGACGGAGCAGUGCGGCCACGUCCUCUGCAUGAGCUGCGUCAAGAAGUUUCUCCUCCCGUCCAAGAAGGGCUCGAAGGCGGAGGACGACGAGUCGCCGAUAAUGUGCUACGUCUGCGACACACCCGUGACGGGCAAGGCGUCGAAGCACCGAGAAUCUGGCCCCGCCCUCCCUCCGGGAUUGAUAGCCUUGAAAUCAGAAGGAACUGGGUUCUCAGCCCGGGGCGCAAACGUGGUGGCGAAGCCCGGCGAGGCAUUUCAAUGUUGA